UAUAAACAUUUGCACACCACUAGCGCUGCGAAUCUGUGGAUCUUGUGGAUUUUAUUCCAUAACCUGUAAACAAAUAAAAACACUUCCCGGUGGUUUCCUUGCAUAACUAUCAAUUAAAACUUGUCCAACAUGGCUCAAAGCAGACUGGAAAAGAUUGGGACUAUCUUCACAAGAGUGCAGGGCCUUCUCCGAGGCGGCGCCAUGAAAGCUGAGGACAAGCCCAUUUGGUACGAUGUUUAUGCCGCAUUUCCUCCCAAGGCGGAGCCCCGAUUCGACAGGGUCGCACCCGAGGUCCCAGUGAAGAAAAUAUUUUACGGCGAAGAUGUGGUGCGAGCGAAGCUUCAUAGGCAGAACAAGCCCCAGGAAACGAUAUCCUUGCUUGACAACCGGCGUAGCUCCCAGUCGCAACAGUUCGUUCAGAUCUAUCAGAACUUGAAGACCCAAGGUGCUUUGGACGAUCAGAAAAUUUACGAAACCGCUCUGGACUUGUUGGCCGAGCAGCGUCAGCAGUCCCGAUUGGAGGCCACCCCAGAGGAAGCAGCUCCAGAGCUCGACACAGAAACGAAAACUCAGCUUUUGAGUGAUUUUAAGGAGGCAAGCGAAAGCCAAGCUACUAAAUCUUCCUCCCCACCGACUCCGCCCAAAACCAAACGGGAUGCAGGAGUGGGCAUUAACAUAGACAGUUUGUUCAAGGAUUAGGCAAUACAUUUUUUUACUUAUAAUAAACAUUUGUGUGUUAAAAUGGAA